UAAGCAUUCUGCAGUGUGCAGCUGAUGGUAUAUAAGGGCGUUGGUUGUCUCUCAACAUUCAGUCAGCUCCUUUCAACAUCCGUUACGACUUUGUUCCAAAGGGAGUUCCACAUCAGCCAUGAAAGUCCUCGUGUUUUGCGCCAUAGUGGCUCUGGCAGUUGCCGAAAACCUUUCCCCUGAGCUUCAGGAAACAGCUUUAGCAUCAAUGAACGAAAUCAGGAAGGCCAGUGACGAACCUGACUUGGUCUGGGAUGUGUUCGACAUGAGAGAAGCAGAUGGCAUUACUGAGAGCUGUGUGAACCAGGAGAUGCCUCAGGUCACAUCCGCCAUCUUCUCACAUGGAACCGAUGUGGAUGACGCCAUCACCAAAGCCAUUGCUACGUGGAGUGAUAACCCUACUGCUCUGAAAGAGAUUACCAGCACCGCUACCCGAGUAGGGUGCUCCGUGCAGAAAUUGUGUCCAAUGGUUGGUGGCGAAGCUGAACCAGUAUACGUGGCCUGUAAAUUCUCUUAACCAGAUUGGCAGGGACGCACCAGACUCGACCAGCCAAUCCAUAACCAUGGGCUGAUCGUUUCUAACAUGACAAAUAAAAUCUGCAAACACU